AUGCACAUCUUUGGCAUAGGCAUCCGUGAUGACAGCAGGCCUCAAUUUGCAUCGGGACUGCUUCUUGCCUUCCCCGAAGGGAAGAAUGAAAUUCCCCUGCGCUGGAAGGAUGACGCGAAGGAAAAGCCUGUAUUCAGGAACGUGACUGCGGAAGGUGCUCAGGAUCUGGCGUUGACGACAGAAAGGUUCUAUUAUUUCCUUCGCCAGCUCUUCAGGAAAGCAGGGUAUUGGGAAGAUCCCACAAUACAUGAUAUCCGCCGAGCACUUGGAAAAAAAGUUGAUGGGCGAUACGGCUCAGCAUUAGUUUCACAGUUAUACGGUCAUAAAGAUGGGAAAACCUACCCAACGAGCUAUCUUGCCCAUUGCUCGUCCAUUAAUACUGUCGACUGUGUUCUUGAUGAGAAGGGAGACGAUCGCCAUAUCGAAUACUGGCAAGGCCAUGAGCAAUACCGUGAAACCGGUUUGCCUAGUCAUCUGCCCGCUGGGAUCGAAGAAUCUGUCCUGGAGAGCGAUGAACUUGCCGAAAUAAAAAGCCACAUUGGCUUGGCAGAUGCAAUAGGUCACAAAGACAGGGAAAUUACGAGAGAUUACAAUACAGGAAUACCCAUAUUCGCCUCCGCCUUUCAGCUCUUACAAACUACCGGACCCAAUGGGAGAGACUGGACGGUUUUGUCAAGAGGGCAGAAAUCACCCAAUGACCCAGAAAAGAAUGCUUGCACACGUGCCCUUGCUCUUAUUAUGCCCGAAAUCGGCCGCCUAGCGGCAAUCAUGUCGUCCACAGAGCCUAUGUCAUUUGACGAGAAGCUCCUCUUCAUGAAGGACCUACAAAAGCAGUGUUCGCGGGAAUACGACAUAAUAUACUUGCCGAAUGAAGCACCUAUCAACGGCAAAUGCCCGAUUGGAAGCUGCCAGGAAGACGUUGACUCGUGA